AUGGCUACCACGAAGUUAUUGGACGACAACGCGUCUCCGACAGCAUCCUUCAUAGAUGAAAAGGACUACAAGCCACGCGACAGCGGGGAGACGACUUCGACAGAAUCCACAGACAGCCUGCGAAAGGACUAUGGAGACCUCGAAGCGCAGAAGCAGCCCGCACCACCCGCGCCGCCAGUCGAGCACCAAGUCUCCUUCAAAUCGAAGCUGCUCUUCCUCGGCGCCUACUUCAUCCUCAACCUGGCCUUGACAUUAUCAAACAAGGCCGUUCUCGGCAAGGCCCGCUUCCCCUGGCUCCUCACCACCCUCCACACCGGCGCCACCUCGAUCGGCUGCUUCGUCCUCUUCGGCUUCGGCUCGCUCAAGCUCACCCACCUCACCUCGCGCGAGAACCUCACCCUCGUCGCCUUCUCCUUCCUCUUCACCAUCAACAUCGCCAUCUCCAACGUCUCCCUCGCCGCCGUCUCCGUCCCCUUCCACCAGAUCAUGCGCUCCACCUGCCCCAUCGCCACCAUCUUCAUCUACCGCGUCGUCUACGCCCGGACCUACAGCAACGCCACCUACCUCUCAAUGAUCCCGCUCAUCCUCGGCGUCGCCCUCGCCACCGCCGGCGACUACUACUGCACCCUCUCCGGUUUCACCCUCACCGUCCUCGGCGUCCUGCUCUCCGCAAUCAAAACCGUCGCCACCAACCGCCUCAUGACCGGUUCCCUCGCACUGUCGGCCAUGGAAGUCCUGCUCCGCAUGUCCCCGCUCGCUACCAUCCAAUGCGUCCUCUACGCCUUCCUCACCGGCGAAGUCGACCGCUUCCGCUCCGCCUACGCUUCCGGCGAGUUCUCCAACUCCUUCGGCACGGCGCUGUUGGCGAACGCGGUCAUUGCGUUUGCCCUGAACGUGACGAGUUUCCAGACGAACAAGGUGGCCGGCGCGCUGACGAUGACGGUUUGUGGGAACGUGAAGCAGGUGUUGACGAUCGGGUUGGGAAUUGUGCUGUUUAAUGUUAAGGUGGGCUGGUUGAAUGCGCUGGGGACGGUGGUGACGAUUGCGGGGGCGAUUUGGUACUCCAAGGUUGAACUAGACGCGAAGAGGAGUCGGGUUGGGAGUAAGCCUUGA